UGAAGCGAUGUUUACAAUGCGGACGUCGGGCGGCUAAUGCUAAAUAUCUUGGGAUAAAUCUGCAUUCCCGUCGUAUAUUCUCACCACCCUGCUCAACACAAAUGUCAUCUCAGAGCCCCGUGACCGUCAGGGCUCCGCCAGCAGCCGCCAGCUCGGCCGCAGUCCGGGGGAAGAAACGUCCCGCUAGUCCGGCGGUGGCUACGGCUCCGCAGGUCACCGGAAGCUGCAGCAGCAAGAAGAAGAAAAGCCAGAUGACCGCUCCACCCACAACACAGCCGCAGAUUGCAGCUGUGGAGUCGGUGCCUGAGGUGAAGCCAGUGGGACCAGCUGACUGCGGUCCUACUGCCAUCCCAGAGUCCACAGCAAAGCCUCCACCGUUCAAAGACCCCGCGUUUAUGCAUUCUGGGAUCGGUGGAGCAGCAGCAGGUAAAAAGAACCGGACCUGGAAGAAUCUCAAACAGAUCCUGGCUUUGGAGCGGACUUUACCCUGGAAGCUCACUGAUCCCAGCUACUACAGCAUUGACGCCCUUCCCUCGUUGAAGCCAACUAAGAAAUACUCUGACAUCUCCGGACUCCCUGCAAACUACACAGACCCUCAGACGAAGCUGCGCUUCACAUCCUCGGAGGAAUUCUCCUACAUCCGCCUCCUCCCCACAGAUGUCGUUACCGGCUACCUUGCACUUCGGAAGGAAACGUGCAUCAUACCUUGACAGCCGAGCAAGGCGUGAAACCUGAAACCGGUUUCAACCAGAACUGAACUUGUGUCAGUGUAGGAAGCUGUUGGGCCAACCAGGGGGCUGAGAGUACAGGUGGCAUGUGGACAAGGCCUCAUUCAGAAUUGUUACUGCGUGACAAAAUUAAUGCAAUUGUGAAACAAGAUUUUUACUUUUGGAAAAAAUAUAAAGUUAUUUGCGUAUUCUAAUUGUGACACAAAUGUGAUGCUGUCAAUAGCUCAUUGUUUUAUUUAUUCCUAACGAGGUCAAAAUAUAAUUCAAGUCGGAAAUAUAGUUUUAUUUGGCAUAUUUUUAAAUACACAUUUCCCAGUAUCUAGAUGAUAUUUUUCCAUGAAGCGCUCCUAUGAACUGCGGUGGGAGGAAGUUUGAGAGCUCCUGUUAAAUCCUCAGGAAACAUAGAGUUGGUUCUUAAUUACUCUGCAGAGCCCUACAGGCAAGGAUGCACUCCGCCCCCUUGUGGUAGAAUAUCUGUCUCCAGUGGUGAACGUUCAGUCCCUGUUGGGUUAAAGAAGUUGGAGACAAAUCA